CGCUCCACCUCCGACACAGGUUAUCUAUUCCAAUCGCCCAGAUAUCCCAAAGCCAACAUUGUAAUGCAGUACUGAGUUAUAUCCGACAUGUUCAACUACGAAAUCGGGACACCUUGUCCAGCUCCUGUCCACGGCGGACGCGAAGUCGCGUCGCCGUUUGGAAGUAAACAAAAAGAAGUAAACAACAUUUUCGACGACGCCUACGACCAGUUCAACGACAAUACCACCCAGAACAUUGCACAUCUGGUUCAACAGGAAUUCAAAAAUGCGCCGCCUCGAAGGAGCCAGAACUUGGCAAGAAAGCCCAGACGUGCUCCCACCACCAUCUUCGAGGAUGGCAGCAGCAGCCAGCGCGAGCACUACCAACGCGAUGAACCUGCCAGGAUGAUGAGAAGCAGUGCAAUCCACGCAAGACCAGCUCAGAGGAUCCGAAUUCAACCAUCCAGAGAUGAGAAGCCGCCACCUCUUCCGACAAGUAGCGUGAGCGACAUUGCCAACUUCAAACCCACCAGCAGCACGGCGAACCAUGUCAAGGAAGACAGAAGACGAACCAUCUGGAUUCCGGAGGACACUACGCUACUUUCCAUUCACCCUGGAGCGUAUGAUCACACUCUUCGCGAUGAGACAGUCGGUCUGCCUUCGAGCAAUCUGGACAUCACGCCCAUGAAGGAGACUCCUCAACCUGUCAAACUGGGACCCAGUGCCAUGAGACAAGCUCAAAGAAUGGCUUCUGCAACAAAACUUAGCGCUCUCAAACCUCUUGCUCCAUCACAGCCUAAUGUGUCACAUCAUGUAAUGGGUAGCGGCGGCGGAAAGGAGAACUUGCUCCCGGGUUCGAUGCUCUCUCGUACUGGCAAAGGUGAAAAGGCUGUCGUCAAGCCGUUGACCAAAGCCGCACCUCUGGGUACCAGAAAAUCACCAUCUUCCAUGCAACACACAGCACCUGUUUCAAUGACGACGACAAGCAUCAAAAAGCGAUCUGCGCCUGAGCUGAAAGAUGCACCGAAGCCCAAGGUCCAAGCCAGAGCUCUUCACGAAAGAUCCAUCACCCGGACUGAGAUUGUGCCUCGAGCCACAACUACGGAUCCGUUCUCCAGAGAUUUCAAGCACAAGCCGAUCCCAGCUCCGAGACCAAUCAGCAAGCCCUCAGUAGCCAAGCCUGCAUCGAGCACUGUCACGAACGCUGUCGCGAGAUCCGCCCCGAAUGUCGCUGUGAAUGCUUCCACACCCAAGGAUAUCAAUGUACCAAAUGUGAAACGCUCCGUCUUCCUGGCUGCAUCGCGCUAUCCCGUAUUGAACGAUGAUAUCGGCCAGCCUGAGCUUUACGAGGACAAUUGGCUCCAAAAUCAAGAGACAGCUCUUACACAGCUCGUCAAUGUAGUCUUCCAGCAAGCUCACGAAUCUCCUGCUACCAAUGGCGUGGCUGCUCUCCGCACUCGUAUGCUGACAUUGUACCACGAUGCAACUGUGGUCACUCUCCACCAACGUCUAAAAGCUUCACUCUCGUGUGGUGCUCUCAGCAUGCCUAAGGACGCACCUCACUCCCCGAAGCUCAGAGACGACAUUGGCCUGCGCCGUCAGUUCUUCGACCUUUUCGGUAACACCUAUCACCCAGAAGCUCUGCAGGCUGCUGCUGAGGUGGUCGUUGGCCGUGUCUCUCCAGCUAUCGACGCUGUGCAAUCAAAGACUGGCGCAUCGACCUCGACUGGAGUCAAGGAAUGGAAACGUUUCUGCUCGACAUUCUUCGUCGAUCACGAGGACUCUGCUGAACUUCUGGCUUCUCAUGGUGUCAAAUCUAUCGAAGAUGCUACUCUUCAACCUGGCACACCCGAAUGGUUCUGGCAAAGGACCGUACUGAGAGGGCUCAUGCUUGUUUACCUACUCGACCAGGCGAAGAGUACUGGUAAGCUCUCUGCCUGCUUGUUUCAGACAUCUUCACCACACAAAUCAUCUCUCAGUGUCCUCCGAGCAUUUGCAAGGCUUAUGGUUCCAUCUGUCGGAGAUAUUGCCCGUCCUCUUGGACACCUUGGAUAUUCGCUCCGUCAUCAGCAGGACCCCCUGGAAGAAUACACUUAUCGCAUCGAUAAUCUCGCUGUCGAUCUUCGCGAUGGCGUCUUACUUACACACUUUGUCGAACUCCUUUUGUAUCCUUCCCAGAUGUUGGACAUGCAAACUGAUCGCACCAUCACUCUUGAUCUCCUGGAUGGCGAAACAAUCACCAGCUCUUUGGACACCAAUGAAAGUGCUCGUAUCUUGAGCCAACAUCUCAAAUUCCCCUGCAUCAGCAAGACACAAAAGAUGCAUAACGUUCAAGUUGCGUUGAGUGCUCUGGCUGGAGUUCGUGGCCUUGCCGGUACUGCGAUCGAGUCUAUCAAGGCUGAGGAUGUCGUGAAUGGCCACAGAGAGAAGACUUUGAGUCUGCUUUGGGCAUUGGUUAGCAAGUGGGGACUCGGAUUUCUGGUAAAUUGGGAUGAGCUGAAGAAGGAGACUCUCCGCUUCGCCAAACACUCAACUCAGCCUAUUGGAAUCAACUACGCCUUGAGCGAGGAAGACCCCGACUCAAAUGAGCAAGGCCCUCUAUUGAAGGAAUGGGCUGCCAGUGUCUGCCAGCAGCGCAAGGUCAUUGUCACUAAUCUGACAACCUCCUUCGCGGAUGGUCGUGCACUUGCAGCAAUCAUCUCCACAUACGCCGACUAUGUUCCCACCACGGUGAAGAAGUCGUCAAACAAGAUGUCGACAGCAGACAGACUUCGCAACCUUGGAUGCAGCGAGUCCUUCAUCACUCUCUUCGCUACACAUACCACUACCAUCCCAAGCCGCAGUAACACGAUCGCCCUUCUUGCCUUUUUGGCCUCUCGCCUGCUACCUCUUGCUCGCACUCACAGAGCCGCUUGUACUAUUCAACACUUUUAUCGUCUUCGUCUUGCUCGCCGUACCAUCUCUCUGCGCGUGCAGAAGAUGAUCGCCGCAGCCGACUGCGCUCAAGUCGCAGCAGCCAAGCAGAGAGAAGUGGAAGCCGCAGUCACUCUACAGAGAGCCUGGCGCUCUCUAUUGGACCGCCGUAUUGAGACUUUGGAAAGAGAUGUGUUGGUUUUCCAAUCUUUGGCCCGUGGAGGGGGUGUCAGAAGAGCCACUGCAGGCAUCUUGAACAAUAACUCUGACAGAAGAAUUAUGGGUGGAUGGUGAUUUGAGAAACAAAACACUAUUGUACUUUGAUCGGGAGUUUGAAAGGAUACCUUUGGCUAGCCGAUUGAUGGCUAUGCCUUUUGGGCGAGGAACUACUUUUCUUGUUGUGAUUGUCGAGUAUCAUUUUUCUCUUGUUCUUGUUCUUUUCUUCUUUGGCGCUUCUUUGUUGUCUAUACAUCAUCACGAAUUUUAACGAUUAUCAUCCUUUUCAAA